CCUGAGCUAAACAAAAGCAGGAGGCUGACGGGGCCGCCGGAGUUUGCAGAGACGCGGAGGAGGAGAGAGCCGGUGCUUUGCCUGCCGGCGGCCGGGGGAUCUGGCUUUGGCCACAGCCCACCCCCUUUGAGAUCACUCUGGCCCGGAGUGGGGGCGGGGGGCAGCGGGGGGUGGGGGGAAAGUUUGCCUCGCAAUCCCCCCGCCUUCCUCUCCUUUCUCCCGAUCAAUGCAUAUUUGCAAAAGGAUUAAGCCACAGAUUUAAGCGCCGGGAGCCCAUUUCUGCCUUGCACAGGAGAUCGGACUGAAAACCCAAAGCCAGCUCUGGUUUCUUUUCGCCAAGUGGGAAGGAUCUGAAGGCAGCUUGAAGGAUCAGAAGCCUCGGUGCUCCCGGAGCCGAGCCGCGGAGCAGCGCCCAGAGCCGGGCUGCCAGCCUUCGGAGAUGGACGAGCAGCCCCGGCUGAUGCAUUCCCACGCCGGGGUCGGGAUGGCCGGGCACCCCGGCCUGUCCCAGCACUUGCAGGACGGGGCCGGCGGGGCCGAGGGGGAGGGCGGGAGGAAGCAGGACAUCGGAGACAUCUUACAGCAGAUCAUGACCAUCACCGACCAGAGUUUGGACGAGGCGCAGGCCAGAAAACAUGCUUUAAACUGCCACAGAAUGAAGCCUGCCUUGUUUAAUGUGUUGUGUGAAAUCAAAGAGAAAACAGUGUUGAGCAUCCGGGGAGCCCAGGAGGAGGAGCCCACGGACCCUCAGCUGAUGCGCCUGGACAACAUGCUGCUGGCCGAGGGGGUGGCCGGGCCCGAGAAGGGCGGUGGGUCUGCGGCAGCAGCAGCAGCUGCCGCAGCCUCUGGAGGGGCGGGCUCAGACAACUCGGUGGAGCACUCCGACUACAGGGCCAAGCUGUCGCAGAUCAGGCAGAUCUACCACACGGAGCUGGAGAAGUAUGAGCAGGCCUGCAAUGAGUUCACCACCCACGUGAUGAACCUCCUCCGAGAGCAGAGCCGGACCAGGCCCAUUUCCCCAAAGGAGAUCGAGCGGAUGGUCAGCAUCAUCCACCGCAAGUUCAGCUCCAUCCAGAUGCAGCUCAAGCAGAGCACGUGCGAGGCCGUCAUGAUCCUGCGUUCCCGGUUUCUAGAUGCGCGGCGGAAGAGACGGAAUUUCAACAAGCAAGCCACGGAGAUCCUGAAUGAGUACUUCUAUUCCCACCUCAGCAACCCUUACCCCAGUGAGGAAGCAAAAGAGGAGUUAGCCAAGAAGUGUGGCAUCACGGUCUCGCAGGUAUCAAACUGGUUUGGAAAUAAGAGAAUCCGGUACAAGAAGAACAUAGGUAAAUUUCAAGAGGAAGCCAAUAUUUAUGCUGCCAAAACGGCGGUCACUGCCACCAACGUGUCAGCCCACGGAAGCCAAGCUAACUCGCCCUCCACCCCCAACUCCGCUGGUUCUUCCAGUUCUUUUAACAUGUCAAACUCUGGAGAUUUGUUCAUGAGCGUGCAGUCACUCAAUGGGGAUUCUUACCAAGGGGCCCAGGUUGGAGCCAACGUGCAAUCACAGGUGGAUACCCUUCGCCAUGUUAUCAGCCAGACAGGAGGAUACAGUGACGGACUCGCAGCCAGUCAGAUGUACAGUCCGCAGGGCAUCAGUGCUAAUGGAGGUUGGCAGGAUGCUACUACCCCUUCAUCAGUGACCUCCCCCACAGAAGGACCUGGCAGCGUGCACUCCGAUACCUCCAACUGAUCUCCCGCCAUCACACCCGGCUGGCCCCGGGCCCCCUGGGGCAGGGGCCGGAGGGAGGGCUUCUCUCCCCACACUGGCGCGGUCAGACGGGGGUCGAAGCAAUCAGCAAACACAAUACGAGUCUCCUCUCCUGUCUUCUUUGGGAUGCUCUCUCAGCCAAUCUGGACACUUCUUUAUACUCUCUUCCCUUCGUUUCUGGGUAGACGCGCCCCUCCCUGCCUCCAGCUGCCGGCCUGGCUUCCUGCCCCCUCCCUCUGUCCUAGGCUCCCCGGGUCCCUGCCCUCUAGUACAUCACUGACGGAUACUUUCAACAAUUAGAGGAAUUUGAAAGGAAGCAAAUUACAAAGAAAAUAAUAAAAGCGCUUGUCUGU